AGUUUAACACGAUUAAAUCAUUGCAUGAUUGCAUCAAAGCCCCAAUGAUUUAGCCUCUGAGCACAUCUGUGCGAUCAGAAAGAAAUAUAUACAAAUAUCUCAGAAGAAAUACAGAUAAGGUAAACAGGUUCAUAGCAACCUUUUAUUUGGUUCCAAAACAUCAUCUUCUUCUAAACGGUUGGCGUUCAACUCCUCUGUGAGCGCCCAUAUGGGCCUGGGUGAGUUUUUGCGCCCCUCCUACUCUCCGCGAGUGAAAGCCACCGCUGCGUCGAGGCGCGCAGAGAGCGAUCCGCUGGCCGCUCGGGAGAGACGCACCGGGAGCGCCAAGGCGCAAACACACAGACAGCAGAGAUGACCGUGGAGAGGCUAUUUGACGAGUAUGGACAUUUCAAAAGGUUCCAGGCUUGUCUGUAUUUUGCAGCAGUCUUCCAGGCCAUAGCAUGUGGAAUCCACUACCUUGCUUCAGUUUUCCUGGUCGAGACUCCAAACUUUGUGUGCAGCAUCCCAGGCAACAUCACCGAUGUCUUGUAUGGUAACAUAACAGGAACCAGUCUGGAAAGUAUCUUGCCUGUCAUGAAGCCAGCCGGCGGCCCCUUGGUGGUUAGGACGUCCGAGGGGGAACAAUGGGAGCUCAGCCAGUGCCGCAGCGCCCUGCGCAUCGACCCUCAGGAUUUUACAUAUGACUAUUAUGGCAACAAAACCAUGAAAGAAUGCAGCGGGAAUUUUGUUUACGACCACAGCGAAAUUCACCAAAGCAUCGUGACGGACUGGGACUUGGUGUGUGAAAAAGAGUGGCUGGCAAAGCUGUGCCAGCCAACGUUCAUGCUUGGAGUGCUUAUUGGAGCGCUGCUGUUUGGGGACAUUGCUGACAGAAUUGGUCGUGUCAGGAUCCUGAUGUUCACAAGCGUGUGUCAGUUUGGACUUGGGGUGGCCGUGGCGUUCUCUCUGAACUACUACUUAUUCGUGGUGCUUCGCUUUCUGCUAGCCAUGGUGUCCAGCGGCUACCUGGUUGUUGUGUUUGUGUAUGUGACGGAGUUCACCGGCAGUAAGGUGCGCACGUGGACCUCCAUGCACAUCCACGCAGCCUUUGCAGUCGGCAUCAUGGUGGUGGCUCUGACCGGUUACCUGGUCCGGGUCUGGUGGAUCUACCAGAUCAUCCUCUCCACUUGCACCUCACCCUUUCUGCUCUUUUGCUGGAAGUUCCCCGAGACGCCUUUCUAUUUAAUGGCCAAGGGCCGUUACAAGGAGACUCAGGCCCUGCUGGACACGAUAGCACGCUUCAACGGACUUGAGUGCCGACUCAAAGCUGAGGAUCUCCUGGAGCAGGUGAACAUGGAGAACGGCAAAGCACUGCUAGAGAGGGAGGAAGAGGAGCGGUCUACACAGCCAGAGAAGAAGCUAUCCAUUCUAGACCUGUUUGGUAGCUGGAGGAUGGCGGGCCGUUCAUGCACAGUGUGGGCCAUCUGGUUCAUCGGCAGCUUGGGUUACUACGUCUUCUCCCUAGGCUCAGUCAAUCUGGGAGGAAACCAGUAUGUUAAUCUUUUCCUGGCUGGUGCGGUGGAGGUCCCCUCUUAUCUCGUUGGCUGCUUUGCAAUGGACCGGAUUGGGAGGAAGAAGACAUGUGCGCCGGCUCUGCUCCUGGCUGGGGUUGCUUGCAUGCUCAUCAUCGUGGUUCCUCCUGAAAUCGAGUCUCUGGCCAUUGCCCUCAGUAUGAUCGGAAAGUUUGCCGUGGCGAUUGCCUUCGGUCUUAUCUACCUGUACACCUGCGAGCUUUAUCCAACUGUCAUCAGGUCCCUGGCCGUAGGUAGCGGUAGCAUGAUGUGUCGUGUUGGCAGCGUUGUGGCUCCUUUCUGUGUUUACCUGGCUGACGUCUGGAUCUAUCUCCCUCAGCUCAUCGUGGGAAUCCUGGCAUUCAUUAUCGGAGUGCUGACCUUGCUCUUACCCGAGACCUUGGGCAAACCUCUUCCCACCACCUUGGAAGAGGCCGAAUCUCUUGGACACAACCCCAGCAAGAAAAAGUCAACCCUUGACACCAAGUACGCAGAGGAUGGACUGGAGCUGAACCAACACGGAGCUAAGGCCUGAGCUUUUACUCCACUAAGAAACCAGGACAAAGUUUUGAAAAGAACUGACAAAUGAGAGACAAGCAAGCCAUCACAGGUUUACCAGACUAGUGGAAGAUGGGAAAAAAAACCUUUCAUCAAAAUGCUUGAAAUUUGUUUUUAUUGUUGACAUUUUGCCUUGCAAAGUGACCAACAGUUGAAUAUGUAACAGGGUCCUGAGAACUUUUUAACCCUACCCCUUCUGCUUACAUGUAAGGGAUAAUGCCCUACGAGGUGUCCGUUAUCAGAAAUUAAUGGACGACGCAGAGGCAUAAACUUUGCUUCUGCAAAGUCCAUUCAAUUCUGAUAAUGGACACCUCAAAGGUCAUUAUUCCGCUUAUACCAUGGUCACUUGCGAAAGAAAGAAAUAUUAAGUAAAGUAUCAAUACUUUAAUGUUUUCUUUCUACUGUCAGUUUUUCUCAAGAAGCGGCUGAGAGAUCUAUAUAAUAUCUCUCGUUGUGACGCAUUGCCAAGGUAGCCAGCGUCAACUGUCUUGCUGUCACCAGCUAACGUUUGAGCCAGCGCAAUAAUUAGGAAAAAUCAGCCUAUUUGACCGUAACUUUUUUAUAGGCAUCCUAUAAGUGAGGGAUAAUACCCGACAAGGUGUCCAUUAUCAGAAAUGAUGGGUGAUGCGGAGGCGUGAAGUUUGCUUCAGCGAAGUCAAAAUAGGCUGGACUGUAGGCUGAUUUUUCUAAAUUAAUAAUUUAGAACAAUCAGGCUAUUUGACCAGACCUUUUUUUAUAUAUACGUCCUGUUACACUUUUUAACAGACACCCUGCAGCCAAUCACAAUGGAGUAUUCUCCGAGACCAUAGUAUAAAUAUUAGUAAUUGUGUGAUCAUUGAAACAGUAUUUAUAUGUAACGUUUAAGUAUCUGUUUCUGAGACCACAGGAAAAGUAUAUUUUUCAGAUCAACUUUAGUCUUAUUUUUGUACUUAAUGCAGAUUUUUAAAGACUACAAUGACAGGACAAAUAGCCAUGCCUACAAAAUGAUGUUUAUUGUAAUUAUCUAAGUUGAAACCAUAUAGACUGAUUACUUUGGAAAUCAGUUAUUUGACAUUUUAAGAUACAUAUCAUAGCAUAGAGCUUGCUUGUUAGCACUGUGGAUUAUAUCAGAAUAAGAGACGUGCCUUUUUUGUUUUAAAGGUAUUUUGUUUUUACCUCCUUGUUAAUCUCAGGGCAUUCAGACUACUGUGAAACUAGCAUCCUAAAAGUAUUACAGUUCAACAUCAGUUUGACAGCCUCAUUUCUCACUUGGCUAUGAUGCCGUCGAUGAGUUUACCUUUAGAACCUAACGUGAGUUGCACAUGUGGGUAUGUUUUGUCGUUUUACCUGUUGUUGAAGAUAUUAGUCAAGUUUUGGACGUGCUUGUAUUUCUCUUUGCAAUCUAUAUGCGAGACAUACUCAAGGAAAUGCACAUCAAUACUGUGUGCUCAGGAGUCAGGAUAUAAUCUCCAGAUGUUUGGACCAAAUCCAGGAACAAACUGCAGCAGUGAGGUGAUGUAUAGCUUCCUCGCCAGAGAGAACAUGAGGGGCUAGAAUCAUGAAACCAAAGUAGUGGUGCUCAGAAGUCAGCUCUACAAUCAAAGGAAUAUGUUAAUUUUCACGAAGAGCUCCUGCUAUUUUUUUGUCAUGAUGGAACAAUAACUAUCUAACAAUGAAGCUUUAGACCUCCUUUAUGACUAUGGUACAUUUGUUAUACAGCUUUAUUUAUAAUUCUGCCAGGAAGCAUAUUUUACAGCGACACUGAGACGAGAAAAUUAAUCUAAAUAAAGACUAUUUCAUAAAUAACUA